ACACGGCUUAAAGUUGGAAAUCUAAAAGGCGGUCCGGUCCACGCUGGGCUUCCAUUCGACGACGUCGUUCGCUCUCAAAAAUUAUCAUCCACAUUCUCUCUGGUCGCCGGCUCUGCCAACGCGCCGAUCAUCUGCAUUUUUGUUGUUAUGUCAGAAGCUACGAAGGAUCUUGUUGGUUCGAGUGAACAUGAUAAAGUAGGACCAGACUUCUUUGGUUACUAUACACGUUUAGUUACAGAGUUGUUAUCACAAGAAGAAGAUUUUCCACCUUUUGCUUCCCAAUCCUCUGAUCUAUCUCAAAGAAGAAGUGGGGAUGUUAGAGGGAAGGAUGUUAUUGAGCACAGUUAUGGUACUUCUGGUUCUUUAUUUGGUAACAGCAUAGGAACUGGGCCUUCAGAUUUCAAAAACGAAAGAUUGAAAUCAUUGCUCAGGCAGGGUGUGAAUUUUCUUUCACCAGAAGUUGAUGAGAUGCUAGAACCUGUUGUCGCUAUCAGCCGGUUAAAAUCUCAGCUAAAGAGCAGAAACUGUCUAUCGUCUUCUAAAGGUACAUUACCUGACAUUGAUGCAAGGAAUGCUCACUCUAAGAGACCAAAGAGAUCUUCUUCUUUCUCUUCAACCAGUCUCCCUGCACUUUCCACUCCUGCCAAUCUCGAGUCAAGCAAAGAGGUUGACGAUGAUUUGCAGUUCCUUAUAGAGAAGGAUAGCUUGCAGGUUGAGGAGACAGUGAAGAAAUAUUCUGAUGAAUUUUCUGCAACACUAGGGCACAUGGAACAGCAGCUUGAAAAACUUCUUGAUACUGUGAUGGCUUCAUGCAGGCCUAUGACCCUUCCUGAGAAACACAAGCUUGGAAAAUUGAUUCAGAAGUUACCACCAAAAAAUCUUGACCGUGUUGCAGAAAUGCUCCAACAUAGGAACGCAGCUUGUACAAAUUCCUCUGAUGAAAUUCAUGUGGACCUUGAAAAAGAGAGUAAUGUAACACUUUGGAGAUUGUAUUAUUAUGUUGAAGCAGUUGAGAAAGCUAGAAAGCUAGCCAAGUAGCUUAAUCUGAAAAAAGCUCUAAUACGCCUAUAUGAAACCAACGGAAGUUCGCUGUACUAGGGCUGAAAUUUUCUUUUGCUAAACGAAGAUAGUAGUCAUCAGUAGUACCCAAAAAGGAAGAAAGGGAGAUGGCAGUCAUCAGGCUUUCUUUCUCACUGCUCCAACAAGUAAUUUCUGCCCAUGCACACUUUGAGUCUUUUGUAGAAAUCUUCCACUAGACCACAGAAUUUUGGUACAAAUACACAAAAUUGAGCAUCUAAUCUUGACCAGUAAAUUUGAUGAUUUUGACCGUUAUGGCCCAGAAGUGCAAAAUUUUUGGAGCACCUCAAAAGUUCAGACGAAUGCGAGAUGAAGUUUUUGAUAUAAUUUUUUUCAUUUGUAAUUGGCUUUAUUCUCUGCAUAAUAUGGUUGGAAUCGCACAUUGUACAUCUUUUACUGUAUACUGAGUACAGAAAGUUACGAAAUUCAAGGUUAUGGAAUUCUUUGGAAACUUCUAUCACGAUCCUCUUGAGUUAAAUAUAAGAACAGCAUAAGCCAGUUUGUCUCAAAUGUCCCUUUUGUUGAGGCUUAAAUUUUUU